CGACUACUCACAACCGGAUUGCGACAUUGCGUUAGUUUACUCCGAGCUAUCAGAUUGUUCGCUCGCGGUCGCGGUCGCGGUCGCGAUCGCUCGCGUGUUUCGUCUCGGGACCUGUCAUUUCCAUCUGACAAAGAGGAAGAAAGGACUCCUCGACUCGAUUGAUAUCCGUAUCGAUUUCGAAGUUGUCACGAGGGCUUACAACGCUCGUCGCGUUGAUUAAGAAAAACUAGAGGAUAUAUCGAGGACAUCGCGGAAGUAGGACGCCCCCGCGUCACGUCACAUGGCGGAUUAUGAGCUCCGUGAAGAGUGUCAUCAUCACCCUGCCUAAGGGAACGUCCAAGGCGAUCCCGAGGAGCGAGCCGGCGCGGAACGCGCUAUCCAAGCUGAACUUCACGACGUCGAUUUUGCUGGAUAAGACGAGGAUGGAUUGCAGGAAGGUCGCCUCCACGCAACAGGAGGAGACGCGCGACGACGACGUUGCGACGCUUCUCGAACCCGUAGACACCCGCGUCCGCGGCAAGAAACGACGGCUGGAUCACUUGACGUGGGAAGAGAAAUUACAACGAAAGAAAUUGAAGAAUCGGGUGGCGGCUCAAACGUCGCGAGACCGGAAGAAAGCGAGAUUGGAUGAACUCGAAGAGACAGUGAGGACGCAAAAAGAAAGGAACGAGAUACUCGCGCAGGAGUGCGCGAUGCUGAAAUCACGAAACGACGUGUUGACGUCACAGAAUGAAUGGCUAUCGAACGAGAAUAAGAGGCUUCGGAAUGAAAGAGAUGCAGUGAGGAACACGCUCACGGAUCAGCAGCAACCCAUCUGCUCUGCCUGUCGGACGCGUGUCGACGGUGCUGUACCUUCACUGGGAUCUGCAGUAUCCCCCAAUGACCCUCUGCCGCAGGGUGGGACAGCACAGUCGGCAUCGCGCCUGACACGAACGCUAGGAGCAGCCACGCUGCUGAAAUUUCUGACUCUCUACUUCCUUUUGAAGAACUGUUCAGCGCCAUCCAGAACGCCGACGACGAGCAGUUCGAAGAGUUGGCGGAGAGCCUCCUGCGAGAAGUCAGUCCAGAAAUUGAAGCAAAUCCUCAUAGAUCAAAUGAACAAGCGUCCGUCAGCGAAGCUCCCGAUAAAAAAUCUGACCAUCCAGAAGCAAUGGUGGGGCAGGCAUCAGAAAAUGUGGAAGCCGAUAGAACCGUUGGAGGCUUGAGUAAUGCGUCCUCUUGCUUGCGAGACACAUCCAAUUGGUUUCUUGCUGAUAAGAAGAGCACGGUAUCGAUCAAGACUGAAACAGAAAUCAAGCAGGAAUCUGAAACGGCAACGGACCUCGACACCGUUUACGGCACCUAUGACGAAACUACCAACUCCAUCACGAUUAUGUAUCCAGGUGAGGAGAGCGACGGCUGCAUGGGUAUUCAAGAAUGCGUGCAGGAGGUUGUCAGUACCGAGAACAGUAGCGCCGGUCAGCUCGCGGAUGACAUCGGUGUUGCCGCGCAACUUACUGUCCCCUCCUCGGGUAUUCACCUGUGCUACCCGACGAAAUUCUCGCCGGCAUAUACCAUGUCACCGGAUAUGAAUGACAUGGACAGCUGCGCUCCUUCGGUGAAGCAGACGGAUUGCGCUAGCCUGUCAGACGGUGGAUACGAGUCCCA